UGUGCGCAGCCGCAGUUGGUUUCAGUUCACUUUCGUUUUCGAUUCUAAUCUAAAGUAAGCUGAACUGUUUUCCUCCAGUCCAGGGGGCGUUCACAUCGAGGAAGACAACUCUUUUAGACAGAAUUACACGACAUCCGAAUAAACCCAACGCAGUCUUUGACUAAAGACAUGGAAAAUAAAAACUAUCGCAAUAACAGCUCCCAGGCCAAAGAACGCACCUUUGAUUCUCUGCACAGUGAAAAGGAAAAGCCCAAAAAUGAAAACCAGCAGAACGGCAAGGAUGGCUCAACCCAGGCCAGCUCCUCUGAUCCAUCCACAUCUGGACACAGCUGCAAUCAGAACACAAGAAAGACAAGCAAACACGAUGGAGACAGUUGCAACGAGGAUGCAAGAAAGACAAGCAAACACGAUGGAGACAGUUGCAACGAGGAUGCAAGAAAGACAAGCAAAUGCGGUGGAGACAGUUGCAACGAGGAUGCAAGAAAGACAAGCAAAUGCGGUGGAGACAGUUGCAACGAGGAUGGAAGUAAGACAGCCAAACACAUGCCUGUGGGGACGGCGCCUGGUGAGGAGCGCAGUGAAGUCGGCUUGUCGUGCUGCCAGCUGGAUGAACUGAAGACGCUUCCACAGUGUGACAUCAAACUGGGAAAACUGACCUUCUCAAAGUCUCACACCGUCCUCAUAGAUGUGGAUUCCUUCAGGUGCGGGGCGAUUGUUCCUCAGGACGGGAGAGACCUGUGGCUCAGUAGCUUUGUUAAGAUGCCGUGUUCACCAUCGAGCGUCUCACCGAAACCAGACACACAGUUUGGUACCUUUACAUUCAAGAGUCAUUCGGGCCCAGUGUCGAGGUGGAGCCUGAUCUCUGAGCAGCUCCGUGCUCUGUCCAAGAAGAAAGCAGCAAAAGCCGAAGAGGUGCAGAAAGCCAUCCUCAGGUACAACCCCAGGUAUGAACGAGAGUGGUCUUUUGACGCACUUCCCAGAUACGUGAAGGAGGAUAUUGAAAACCUCUACGAGAAGCUGUUUCCAAAGAUUGCUGCUUUGGCCUUGAUGCUGCCUGAUCAAGUCAAGAAGCCCAUCCCUCUGCUGCAGCGCCACCACCCAGCCUCCAUCACUUUGUCCCAGGUUCAGAUUUCCUGUCUGCUCGCCAACGCCUUCUACUGCACCUUCCCUCACCGCAACACCACCAGCUCCAACGCAGAAUACCACAACUACCCGUUCAUAAACUUCAGCAGAUUGUUUGGAAACUGGUCAGAGCGGAAGAACCAGAAGUUCAAGGCCAUCAUGCACUACUUUAAUGUGAUGACAAACGAGAAAGCUAAACCAGAAGGCCUGGUGACGUUCGAGAGGCGGUGGCUCAGCGACGCAGAAACUCCGACCUGGGGAAAGUGCACACACACCCUGCACAAGCUGCAUGUUACAUCAGAGGGCCGGAUCGAGGGUGAAGACGCACAGUUGCUUCAGGUGGACUUUGCUGCCAGCAGAGUAGGUGGGGGUGUCCUGGACUCCGGCCUGGUUCAGGAAGAGAUCCUGUUCCUCAUGAACCCGGAGCUAAUCGUAGCUCGUCUCUUCACAGAGAAACUUGACAAGAAUGAGUGUCUCAUCAUUACAGGUAUGCAGCAGUUCAGCUGUUACUCUGGUUUCAGUGACAGCUUUCAGUGGGUGGGCCCUUAUGAUGAUCACCUUGAAAGAGACGAGUGGCGUCGGCUGAAGCGGCAGAUUCUGGCCAUCGACGCCUGUCACUUCAGACAUCCCAUGGAACAGUACAACAUGGAGAAAGUUAGACGGGAACUGAACAAGGCUUACUGUGGGUUCAAAGGUCACCAUGGUCAUGAAGAGCCAGACAUCGCCACAGGAAAGUGGGGCUGUGGAGCCUUCAAUGGAGACCCAGAACUCAAAGCUGUGAUCCAGCUGAUGGCAGCAGCACAGGCCAAGCGGGGUUUGGCCUUCUUCACGUUUGGAGACCACCAUCUGUGCAGAAGGCUGCAGCAAACGUACCACCUGCUGGUCACACAGAAAAUGACAGUUGGCCAGCUGUACAGACAUCUGGAGAAGUACUGUGCUCUACGUAACAAACCCAAUUUCCAUGAGGGUUUGUUCGACUACCUGACAAAAACCCAGAGUCAGCUCUGAGGCAUUCUGCUCUAUGUGCAACGAAGGAAUUAGUUUAUAAUGAAGAAACCAGUAAUUCUGAAAUAUGCUUUUUGCACAUUUUGACACUGUGAUUGAGAACAAACGGUAACGCAUCAGGGCGUUAAGCCAGUCUAAAAUGAUUAACCAAUCAAAUUAUAUUCAUGGUUCUUAGAAGCUGCCAGAGCCUGAAUGACCAAACAUCUCAUCACUGACUGUUCGCUCCUGAUAAAUGGAGCUUCGUUUUUAGUUCUGUUUGUGUUAAACGGUGAGUGUUCUGUAGUAUUAUCUUAUCUUAUCCAGAUGUUUCUGGACCAGAGAAUUUGCAAAAUAAACCAAACUAGAAUAAUUUUUUUUGUGUGUUCUAACGAGUUUUCUCUAAUUCUACUCUGUCUGGAUUACACUACAGAUUUCAUUUACAUUAGUUUUGCUUUCUCAGUGAAAUAAUUAAACAUAUAGUUAUGUUUAACAGCACUGAUAGAAAUCCUUUAUUUUUAUUCAAAACAUUAAAACAGGCAGCAACAAAUGAUAAUAAAUACAUGCUUUAAUUCAGAGAUUGUGUGUUUACUGACAUAUCUGCAUCAAUUCUGUGACGUUUCCAUAGAGACAUGCUAUAAUCUGGUACAAGUAGACCUUAAAGAGUGAUGUUUUGGACUGG